GAACAUACCUAUUCGUGUGAAUGAUAAUUAAAAAAUUUAUGAAAAAUAAAUUCGCAUGUGUGUGAAAUUAAGUGAAUGGUGGUCAUUCUUAUCUUGAGGUCAAGAAUUUGAUAAAAUACGAGUAAAAUAGAAAAACAAAACCCUAAUCAAUAAUAAUAAACUGAUAUCGAAUAAAUUCGUAAUUCGAUUUCGAAUGUUUUGUUACUAAUAACAUUCUUUCGAACAUAGAUCAUUUUGGUUAGUUUUCUUGUAUAAAUUUGUUUCCGCUAAGUUGGAGCCAAGUUAUACAUAAAUAACCUAAACAAUAGAUCAUCAUUCUUAAUCUAAAUAAGCCAAGCUAAGAAGUUUUAAAGACGUAUCCGGUCGGACAGAGUUCAUUGCGGUUCAAAUACUAGAAACAGAAAACAGAGAGACUCAUUAAUUUGUUUCUUUUUAUUCAUGAAGCGACAUCAAACCGAACCAUAAUUGGCAUCCACCACGGUAUAUAGAAAAAUUAGACAAGAGAAUAUUUACGGAAUUGACACGCAAAACGAUUGCGCGCGGUGUGGUUUGUUGGAAUUAUUAUAAAAAUUGAGUAGAGGAACAGAACUUGACGGUGCACAUUUUAUAUCACAAAUAAGGUUUGUUCCUUUUUUAUGCAAAUUCUGAAAAGUUCUGUUUGGGAAAUACAACAAAAUUUUAAAAAAAUGUACAAAAUUGAUGAUGAAUUUCGACCCGGAGGUGGUCGAGUUUUUAUGCGAGCAACUCAAGAAAAUUCCGAACAACGAAGUUCAAGUGCCGGAAGUACAUCAAUAAGAAAAUCAAGCCUUCGCAAAGGACCUGCGAUUACAACGAACAUUGACGAUAGAAAUAUUCGUUUCAAACAUGAAGUUAAACACGAAAAAACAAUUGAAGCUGUUAUCCGAGAUUAUCCGGAUGUUGGUGCUGGCAAUGGAACUGGAUCAAAAAAUUAUCCACCUCCUUCGUCAAGUUCAUCAAUUGAUCGAACUUUAGUUUUGAAGAAUUUCAAUAAUGGAGCUGAUCGUUUUCCUGGUGAUAUACCAAAUGUUGGGAGUGAUGUUAAUUCUUUUCAUUCGAUUAAGAAAAAUAAACGAAUGUCAACGGAAGUAUUGGGAUCGAGUAUGGAAAGAACAAAGUUGUCACAACGUGCUCCUGAUGGACAUCGACGAAUAACAACGCAUAUUGUUAGAAAAGUGACAACAUUAAGUCGAGCUGAGGAAAAGGAACAAGCUCAGAAUUUGUUACAUUCGUCGGGAAAGAGUGUUAAAACUACUGAAAUUGGAUACUAUAAUGCACCGCAAGCAAUUGAACCGAAGCGUCCAAAGAUCUCCGAUAUCGUUGUUGGGAAAGAGGAUAACGUAUCUGCUAGAGAAGCUCUAUUAAGAUGGGCGCGACGUUCAACAGCACGGUAUCCAGGCGUUCGAGUAAAUGAUUUUACUGGCUCGUGGCGUGAUGGGCUGGCGUUCUCUGCCUUGGUGCACCGGAAUCGGCCGGAUCUGCUUGACUGGCGAAAAGCACGAACCGACCGACCAAGGGAACGUCUCGAAUCCGCAUUCAGUAUUGUCGAAAAGGAAUAUGGUGUUACACGUCUGCUUGAUCCUGAAGAUGUUGACACAAACGAACCUGAUGAAAAGUCUCUGAUCACGUACAUAUCUUCAUUGUACGAUGUAUUCCCAGAGCCACCAUCAAUUCAUCCACUUUUCGACAUGGAAUCACAGCGCCGAGUCCACGAAUACCGUGACUUGGCCCAACAAUUCAUCUAUUGGUGCCGCGAGAAGACUGCCUACUUGCAGGAGCGUUCGUUCCCCUCCACUCUAAUCGAAAUGAAACGUUUGCUAAGCGAUCUAAAUCGUUUCCGCACCGACGAAGUUGCCCCACGAAAGCGUGAAAAGACAAAAUUAGUUCAAAUCUACAAAGAAUUGGAACGUUAUUUCGAAAGUAUUGGUGAGAUAGAAGUUGAACCGGAAUUGAGACCGGACUCUAUUGAAAAAGUAUGGUAUCGCUUGCAAACUGCCUUAGCCGAUCGUGAUCAUAUAUUACAACAAGAAGUUGAACGAUUGGAACGUCUGCAAAGACUUGGCGAUAAAGUUCAGCGUGAAAUCAAACAUGUUGAUAUGAAGUUGACAGAUUUGGAAACUCGAAUUAGCGAAGAAAGUCGCCGCAUUGAGAGAUUACAUCCAGUCGAUGCAAAGAAUAUUGUUGAAGCCCUAGAAACGGAAAUUCGACAUUUGGAAGAACCAAUUCAAGAUAUGAAUCAAGAUUGUUUGGUUUUGAAAGAGGGUCGGUAUCCACAAGUGGCUGAUUUGCAUAAGAAAGUUCAGAAAUUACACCAACGAUGGUCGCAGUUGCGUUCAACGUUCCAUUCCACUUUGGUUCAGAAGUUAUCUGGACUAAAGUAUCCCGUCCAUGAAACAACUGUGACGCGUCAAACGCGUAUGGUUGUUGAAUCUAGACAAAUAGACACAAAUCCCUACUUCCGAGACCUGCAAGAAUAUACUGAAUGGUGCCAAAAUAAGUUGAAACAACUCCACACUGCCGACUAUGGAUCUGAUCUAGCAUCGGUUAAAGAAGAACUUGAGCGCCAUCAACAAGAUCACAAGACAAUCGAUCAAUUCCAUUCAAAGAUUCUUCAAGCUGAACGCCAACAAACCAAGUUCACUGGUGAUGAACUCAAUCUAUAUCAACAACGUUUGAAUCAGUUACAGAAGCUUUAUGCUGAUUUGUUGAGUACAUCAACUAAACGUCUUUCUGAUUUGGAUUCAUUGCAACACUUUUUGGCUCAAGCUUCAGCCGAACUCCAAUGGUUGAAUGAAAAAGAACAGGUUGAGAUUACUCGCGAUUGGGCUGAUAAGAAUCUGGAUUUGCCAUCAGUUCAUCGGUAUUAUGAGCGUACAUUUGGAAAUGGAGAAGAAAACCUAAUGUCCGAACUAGAGAAACGUGAAUUACACUUUGGAACGAUCUUAGAUCGUGGCGAAGCAUUACUCAAUCAACAGCACCCCGCAUUGAAAUGCAUCGAAGCACAUUUGAGUGUAUUACAACAGCAAUGGGCAUGGUUGCUCCAAUUGACUUUGUGUUUGGAAGUCCACCUCAAACAUGCAACUGAAUAUCAUCAUUUCUUUGCUGAAAUCAAAGACGCCGAACAAUGGUUGGCGAAGCGUGAUGAAGUACUCAACACCACAUAUUCACAAUCUGACUUUGGUCUAGAUCAAGGUGAGGCACUGCUGCGUGGAAUGCAAGAUCUGCGUGAGGAGUUGAAUGCCUUUGGUGAAACAGUGCAAACACUACAAAAUCGCGCACAAACUAUUGUGCCGUUGAAUAAACGCAAACAACCUGUGAAUAGGCAAUCUCAAGUGCAAGCAAUAUGCGCCUACAAACACCAAGGUCAGCAAGUGAAUGUGGAUAAGGGUGAGACAUGUACUCUAAUUGACAAUUCAGGUCGUGUUAAAUGGCGCGUAAGGAAUAGUCGUAGUGUAGAAGGUUCUAUUCCAAGUGCUUGUUUGCUAUUGCCACCACCUGAUCCAGAAGCCAUUGAGGCUGCAGAUCGUUUGAAGAGACUAUUCGAUCGUUCGGUUGCACUAUGGCAAAAGAAACAUCUCCGUCUACGUCAGAAUAUGAUAUUUGCCACAAUUAAAGUAGUCAAGGGCUGGGACUUUGAUCAAUUUUUGGCAAUGGGACCAGAACAAAGAACAGCCAUUCGGCGGGCAUUGAAUGAUGACGCAGAUAAAUUACUCAGCGAAGGUGAUCCAAAUGAUCCACAAUUGAGGCGAUUAAGACGUGAAAUGGAUGAAGUUAAUCGUCUUUUUGAUGAAUUUGAGAAGCGCGCUAGAGCUGAAGAGGAAAGCAAACAAGCCAGUCGCAUCUUCACUGAAGAAUGCAUAUCCAUCAAAGGCAAACUUGAAGAUAUGGCCCGUGAGCUAGAUCACAUCCUUUCAUCUCCAUUGCCAAGAGAUCUGGAUUCAUUGGAACAUGCUGUCCAAACACACGAAGACUAUCAACGUCGUCUGCGUGUUCUCGAUCCAGAACUUAAGCAUUUGCAAGAAACAUUCCGAACAAUUGCUCUCAAAACACCCGCACUCAAAAAGAGUCUGGAUAAUCUACUAGAAUUGUGGAAAGAAUUAAAUACACAAAGUAAUUUACAUGGUGAUCGAUUGAAACUGCUCGAAGGCUCUCUAGCUGGUCUAGAAGACAACGAACAUGUGAUAUCGGAAUUAGAAAAUGCACUUGCCAAACAUCUGGACUUGCCAUCAUCAGCUGAAGGCUUGCAUAUUGUAUUUAAGCAAUUGACUAAUAUGCAAGAUGUUAUAUCACAACAACAACCCGCCAUGGAUAAAAUGAAUGAUGCUGCUGAUCAAUUAGGACGCAUGGGUGUGCCGACAAGAGUGUUGGGUGAUUUGAAACGAUUGACAUCAAAUGUUGAACGAUUAAAUACCAGGUGGAUAACAGUGUGUACGCAAUUAGCUGAAAGACUGCGAUCAUGCGAAACGGCAAUUGGCCUUUUGAAGAAUCUUCAGGCUGGCAUUCAAGUUGAAGAAACAUGGGUCGAUGGCACCACUGAAAAGCUUUCAGCAAUGCCAACGGCUGCUUCUGCACUUGAACUAGACAACCUUCUUGGUGCUGCAAUCGAACGAAAACCAAAAAUCGAAAAUGUUAAUGUAACCGGAGGACGGUUUAUUCGAGAAGCGAAGAUAUACGAUGGAAAAUGCUUGCAUUUUAUCGACUGGCUUGUUGAAGCUAGACCAUCGUUUUCGCCACCACGACGUGAUUUACGACCUACAGAUGCUGAUCCAGGAGCAACUGUAUAUUAUACACAAUCAUUGGACAAUCUAAAUAAUAAAUAUGAAAGACUGCUUGAAGCUUUAUCACAGAGACUUAAAACUGCAAUUGAAGUUAAUGGAGCCGAUGGAUUGCGUUAUGCCGAAAGUCUACAAAGACCGCUGCGAACAUUUAGAGUGGAAUUCAACUUGGGCGGACCAGCUGGCGAUGGUCUGACAACCCAGGAUGAUGAAUCCUUCUACACAACAUCAUACAGUGCAACAAAAUUCAGCUCAACGUCCAAAGUCACAACGACACGCAACACAACGUCGUCUUCGACAAAUGUUUACGACAGCACAGACCACGUCUAUUCAACAACUAGUCAUGAGAAUAGCCCAACAAAAACAAAUAUUGGCCAAACUCCAAUGCAAUUUAGUGAAAUACGCAGCCUUAAACGAGUUCAACGCAACAAUGAAAAUGUCGGUACAACUGAUUCGAGACAACUACUCGAUAUGCCCGGCAUUGUUGAACCACAUACUGGUAAAAUUUUGACAGUCGGCGAAGCAAUUCAUCUGCGCAUUCUUGAUGUUCGAACUGGAGAAAUUCUCCUAACAGAUGGUAGCCAUGUUAGUUUGGAAGAAGCUGCACGAAGAGGUGCUAUCGACCGCAAUUUGGCUGGCAAUCUCCUUAAGCCCGGUGCCGCAAAGGACUAUAACGGCCGUGAUCUAUCACUAUUGGAAGUGAUACAAAGGGAAAUUCUUGAAGCCGAGAAUGGCUAUGAAAAGGCCGAAAAACGUAUAAAGGUAACUCGUAAUGAUGCUAGUGUAGAUGAUGAUGAUGAGCUUGAUGAAAGUCCAAGAAACAUUGCCGAUGCCAUUUCUGCUGGAAGUGUCGAUGCUAAAACCGGUCUAUAUCAUUCGAAAUCGGGCAAAACUAUAAGUAUUGCUGAAGCCUACGAAAGAGGCUAUCUAAUACGUCACGAAUCGGUAACGAUCAAAUCAAAUGCAUUAUGUCUAUCGGAUGCAAUAUCUCAUGGACUAGUCGAUACAAGUGGCUGGAUAUCGGACAGAAAUUCCGGUGAUAAGUUUAGGCUUGAUUCGGCUAUAGCUAAUCAGUUGAUUGAUCCAAAUGUUCGCGAAAUUGUCGACGCAAAGAAUGAUACAAAGGUGACGCUAAAUGACGCGUUAAAAUUAGAGAUUUUAAAUGCCAAAACAGGUCGAUAUGUCAACCAAGUGACCAAGGAGAAAAUAACCUUUGCCGGAGCAAAGAAUAGACAGUUGAUAGUGAAACCGUUUACACUGAAAGAUGUCUGUGAUUUUAAUUUACUUGACAAAGACGGACGUAUAACAAGUCCAAUGCGUAGGGAAAAGCUAAGUAUAAUGCAGGCAAUGAGCUCAGGUGUUCUUGACGAAAAUAACCUAAAAUGUGUGACCAAACAGAAAGGUGAACUGAUCACCUUGUCUGAAGCUAUUGCCGAUGGUGUGAUAUUACCAUCGGAAUCAAGAUAUCGUGAUUUCGUUACUAGUGAAGUGAUAAAUAUACCGGAGGCGGUAGAACGUGGCCUUAUAAGUUCAGUUGCUCAAAAAUCUAUAUUUAAUAUUGACGGAUUUAAAGAUCCAUAUAGUGGGGAUUUUGUUAGUUUUAAUGAGGCCUUAAGUAAAGAUAUAUUGCGGCGAAAAAACGGUGAGUUCCUUUUAGAUUCGGGCAAAGGUAAUUUCUGUACACUUGAGAUAGGCAUCCGGGAGGGGCUAGUUCGACCAGAAGUGUAUGAAAUGUUUAAUCGUGGUGUAGGGGUUCAUGAUGCCUCAGGAAAAGAGUUGUCGGUUUUAGAUUUAGUUUAUCAUGAACUUAUCGAUCCUAAAACAGGUUAUUUAUUAGAUGGAAAGACAGGAGCUGCUGUAGCGCUUGACACAGCUAUACAACGUAAAUUCAUAACACCAGAAGGGGCCUUACUUCUAAGUAGUCUUUUGAAUAUCACUUUGACCACAGAAACGGUUACCAAGACUAUUAAGCGAUAUGUUACCGUUAGGGCUGGUUCGCAAGAACCCUCACAACAAAUUCCAUUGACAUUCACCGAAGCUGUUCGACUUGGGUACAUCGAUGAAGAUCGUCAGCUAUUCAAAGAUCCAACAACUGAUAAGGUCUAUUCUGUGCAACAAGCUUUGAUUUAUGGUCUUCUUGCACCAGAUAAUGAUGCUGAAAUAAUUCCAGAACAAUCGAGUCGAAAGAAGUCAAAAUCUACAAUCACAAUUGUAACGAAACAAGUUGUUCCCGAGCCAGAUCCGAUAAAUCUGAAGACUCAGGAGUUGUACGAAAAGACUAUUGAUAUUCCAGUAGUUGAUAAUAAAAUGUACACUAGCACCACAUCGUCUUCGAAAAAUGUGGUUUCAGACUUUAUAAAUGCCGAAAGGCGUGGUGGUAUUGAACACCAACAUUCCACGGAAAAGCAGUUGUUGGAAUUACCUCCUGAUGGUUGGUUACUCUCCGAAGCCAUUGCACAAAAACAUUUCGAUCCAGAAACGGGUUUGUUCCUUAUUCCAGGCACUGAUAGGCUUGUUAGCUUCCAAGAAUGCAUUGAAAUGCAAAUAAUAAAUAAAAGUUCUCUCUACAUUAUCGAUCCGAAGAAUGGCAGGAAGAUCACACCGAAUCGUGCUUUUGAAAAGAAAGUUCUAGACGGUACAGGAAAUUACAUUGAUGGUAAUAAGAGUGUGAAUAUGAAAACUGCAAUUGCUGCUGGUAAAAUUGUACUAGAAUAUGCAAUGAGUGUUGAUCAAUCUAAUCAGAGAUUAAUUAAAAUUACCAAGAAGACCGGUCUUCCUGAUUUAGUUGAGGUUUCUUCUCGUUUGGGUGGAACUACACCACAAUUUGUUGAAUUGAAGACGUUAAAACGUGAAGUUCUUAGUCCGGAACCAUUGCAAAUUGCCCCGGGCGCCAUUUAUGAUCCAUCAACUUUGCUUGUUAUAUUUACCCAAAAUGGUCAAACAGAAAAUAUCUUAACUGCAAUCACUCAAGGACUUGUUGAUGAGAAUCUUGUGAAGAUUGUUGAUCCUGAAACACGUGAACCCAUUUCGGUGUUCCAAGCAAUCGAAAGAAGAAUUCUAGAUCCUGCAACUGGAUCGAUACUCGAUUCCUCAGGUCAAUAUGUUGAUCCAAUUUCUGCAGCAAGGCAAGGUUUAUUGAUAGUUUUGGGUGCACCUUUGGUAGCUUCAGAAGGUGCUUUGCAUACUGUACGUUUUGUUGUUGAUCCUCGAACUGGUGAACAAAUUCCAGUUGAAGUUGCCUACGAGCGGGGUAUAGUUUCAAGAGAUCAAUUGUCAUUUGAUUCGAAAACUUCAACUCCAAGUACAAAGAGUCCACAAAGAGAAAAUGUAAUUCCAUUUGGCGCCCAACGUCAGGCUAGUCGAGAUAAAUCUUCUUCCCCUGAGAAGGAAUCAAAAGUUGUCUUACUACAAAAAAUGCGAAAGAGGAUCAUAAAACCUAAAGAUGCUCUUCAAAAGGGUCUUAUUGAUGAACUCACUUGUAAUAUCCUAGAAAAUAAGUCCAACUUUACCAAUACCGACGGUGAAAUUGUAACGAUUUCUGAAGCUUUAGAAUUAGGACUAAUCGAUGGUAGCCAAGGAAAAAUUUUAGACCCACAACGUGGAACUGUUAUGAAUCUAGAACAGGCAGUUCAAAGUGGAGUCCUAGACCCAGAAGGUACAAAUCAACUUCUUAUUCCUCUUGCUGCAAGUUUAUCAGUUCCAAAACUUGAAGAACAAGGUCUUAUCGAUCAAAAUGGAGUUGGUAUAGUUCAUCCAGAAACUGGAGCUCAAUUAUCAAUGAAAGAAGCAAUUAUUUGCGAAGUUUUAGAUGCUCAAUCAAAAUUAGCCAAACCAAAUGAUGUUACAGUUGAAAAAGCUAUAGAAAAGGGUCUAAUUGAUGAUGAUAGAUCUUUGAUUCUUACAAAAGACAAACCAAUGAAUCUUCAUCAAGCAUUGGAUCAGGAAGUUUUCGAUAGGAAAGAAAAUGAUAAAUUUAUAGAAGAUAUUCCACCAGCUGGUAUGACUUUCCCAAUUGCCGUUAAACGUGGUUUAGUUGAUAUAAAGAAUAAGGAAAUUCGUCAUCCUACUACUUUACAAGUGAUGCCAAUUAAAAAAGCUAUCGAUGAUAAUUUCAUUAUGUCGAUACCGUAUCCACCACAUGCAGAUGCCAUUCAAAUCGAAGAAGCUAUUGAAAGAGGCUUAAUCGAUUCGGAGAAAGAAACAAUGACGCAUCCAAAAACUGGUGAAGUUAUAUCAAUCAAGGAAGCCGUUGAAAAGGGUAUUCUGAUUGUUAAACCAAUUCCAGAAUUUGUUGUAUCCCAUUCAACAGGACCAAUAACUUCUGUUACCGAAACCGUUACAUCGGUACACACUGUUACCACUAAGACCAUCGAAUUGAUGCAAGGUUAUGCUUUGAUUUCAAAUAACGAAGUUCAAAAUAUCCUGACUGGAGAAAUUAUGACUGUCGAACAGGCUAAAGAACAAGGAAUUCUGCGGGAAGAAUCAGAAUCGAAGAAUGUGUUGGCUACCAAGCAAAUUAAACAGAACUUCUUGGAAGCAGUUAAACAAGGUUUAGUCGAUGUAGCUGAAGGAACCUACAUGGAUCCUAAUUCUGGAACUAAGAUUCCCCUUCAACAAGCUAUCAGUGAAGGUAUAUUAGAAGUAGAAGCUUGUGAACCAACUGAAGAAGUUAGCGAAACAACCGUAGCAGAUUUCCAAGCGAUUUAUGAUGAAAAAUCACAAAAAUUCCGUGAUCCUAAAAAUCCAAGUCGAUUGGUUAGUUUGAAUGUUGCCAUGCAAGAAGGUAUUGUUGAUCCCAAAGCAUUGGUUUAUGAUAUUCCAUCAGGGAAAGUACAGACUCUUGAAGAUGGUAUUAAAGCUGGUUAUAUCGAUCCAGACACCGGUGCAGUUAAACAACAAUCUGGUUCUUCGAUUAGUAUUACAAAUGCUGCUAAGAUGGGUCUUUUAGCUGUUGUAGGGGCACCAGUUUUAGCUGGAAUGGCAAUAGCCAAUACCAUUAAGAAAGUCACCGAGAAAUCUACUAAAACUCAACAAAAAACUGAAGUUACUACUUUCUUACCACCAUCACCGACUAAGAAAGAACCACCAACAACUAUUAGACAAAGUCCUGAAAAACCUAUUCAAACUGGUGCAAUACCAAAACAAGAUACUAAACAAAAAACUCCAGUUGACGAAAAGCCAUCUGAACCUUUGAAAACCCCCCCACAAGCUGCAAUAAGAAGAGAACAAACACCUCCAACUCCUGCACCGCGUGUUGAAGAAAAACUUAUUAAAAACGGUUCCGAAGACAUAACUAUAUCGAAAUCUGAAACAUCUUCUUUUGUCACUGAAAGCUCAGAAACAACUUACGUUACAUCGACAACUGUACAAAAAUCACAUAUGAAAGUUACAAAUGAAACUGUUUCCAGAGUGGUCAUUGAAGAAAGUUCACCAACUGGAUCGGUAACAAUUGAAGAUGUCGAAAUUCCAAUAUCAGCUGCUUCAGAAAAGCCUGAAGACAAACCAAAAACUGUUAAUCUAACUGAAGAAACCGUCUCAAUUAGUACAACUAAUGUUCCUAUUUCAUCUGUUCCCGUUUCUGAUGUUCCAUCAUCUGAUCCUCAAAGAGUUACUAUUAAUAUUUCAUCGGUAACAUUACCAAAUGAAAAACCCGAACAUGUAACAGAUUCGGUAUCUUCAAAUGGUAUUACAGAGUUUGUAGAAAUAUCUCCUACAUCUUCAACGAGCAGUGUUAUAACUACUGUAACAUCCGUCCGUACGGAAAAAAUGACAUCGGCAACAUCUCAAAGCAGUUCAUUGCAAGUGAUUGAUGAGACUGAACCAAUGAGUCAGGAAUCAGAAAAGAAAGAAACCGUUACUGUGACGAUAAAAGAAGCCACUCCUGAUAGUCCUAAAGAAUUUGUUUCCAAAUUGGACAAAGAAGUUCCUCCACCUUUGCCUAAAGAAGGUCCUCCACAAAUUCCAACAGAAGAAAUUUCGUUACCAAUAUCAACGGAAUUAAAAGUUUCUGAAAAGCCUGCCUCCAAGGAAGCCUCCCCACCAAAAUCAAUAGAAGGUAAAGUUAUAGAAAAACCCGUUGAUAAAGACAACUCAUCCCCAUCUUCAAAUGAAGAUAUACUUCUUGAAAAGUUGACAGAAAAACUUGUCCCCAAGGAAGUCUCACUGCCAAAGUCUCCAGAAGAAAAACCAAUUUCUAAGGAAGCCUCACUUCCAACAUCUGUAGAAGAAACCCUACUUGGAAAACCUGCUGAUAAACCCGUUAUCCAAUCUAAAAUUGAAGAAUUUUUGGUACAAGAAAAAGGAACUGCCCAAGUGUCUGUUACAGAAUCAGCUAAAAUUGGUCAAGUGACUGUGGUCACAACAACUCACAUCAUUGAUCCUGUUCCAACUGAAAAACCUGCAGAAAAACUUGCUUAUGACAGUAUUGAUUCAGCUUCUUCAAUCCAAAGAGCAGAACCAAUCACAAUUGUUCAAGAACCUCAAGACCCCACCAAGUCUAGCGAUGGCAAAAUCUUGGAAGCAGUUGGUGGAGCUGCCAAAACCGGUUUAAUGGCCAUGGUAGGUGCACCAAUUUUAGCUGGAAUGGUUGUAGCAGAUGCAUGUAAGAAAAUUGCUGGUAAUUUAACCGAUAAAAGUGAUUCGAAAACACCUGUCGAAAUAUCAGAAAAGGUUGUUGAAUUGGAAGAAGUCAAACAAGACCGCCCUGUAAUUCCAAAAACUCUACCAAUUGGUGAUGCUAUUUCCCAAAAGAUCAUUUCUCCCAGUGAAUGUAGAAUUAUUGUUGAUGGAGAAGCACAAGCCCAAAAUGUCCAAGAACUAUUAGACGAUGAACAAUUAAGCCCCUUGGAUGAAAUCAAGGUUAUAGAUGAAAAUUUGGUAGUCUUGCAAAAGAUGAAAUAUCUAAUUGAUGUCAAUGAUCCAUUAACCCGCGAAAGACUUAGCGAACUUGGUGUUUACGAUACAGAAAACGAAUACUUUGUUGAUCCAACAACGGGACAAAAGAUCUCCUUCCAAACUCUUGUCUUCGAAAUGAAUAUCUUCAAUCCUGAAACAAUUUUAGUAAAGAAUUUCAAUAAAAAUGAAUAUGAAACCCUCAGCGUUGCCCUUGAACGACCUCUAUUAGAUAAACACACCGGUCAUAUGGUUGAUCCAAAAACUGGUAAGAAAAUUCCCUUCUUUGAAUGCAUUGCUCGCGAAUGGAUAAUUCGAGUUGAGCCUAAAGUCGAAAAAAUUGAACCUAUUGAAAAUGUCAUUGAUCCCGAAACCGGUAUGGUAUUCCUUGAAGAUGGUCAACAAUGUUCAAUUGCAGAAGCCAUCAAUAAUGGUAGAAUUGAUAUACAGUCGAUAUCGGUACGUGAUCCAGUUAGUGGUGAAGUAAUUCCCUUGCGUAUGGCAAUUGAGUUGGGAGUUGUAGACUUGAGGACUGGCACAGUUAUAGACAUACAAACGUUACAAGAAAUUUCCAUGGAAGAAGCAUUCAAGCGUGGUUUCUUAGUGCCUGGUUCAAGGAAACCCAUUUCGCUAGAAGCAGCAGUUCGUAAAGGUCUGUACGAUCCGAAAUCGGGAAAACUCUAUGACAGUGAGUCACAGAAUCAAGUUGAUGUACAGAAAUCUAUUGAAAUUGGUUUGGUUGAUCCGAAAAUUUCUCUCAUUGUUGAUACUUUCAAUAAUAAGACAUUCUCACUUGAUAAUGCUAUUGAAGAUCAGUUGGUAAUCAAAGAGACUGGACAAAUUAAAGAUACUAAAUCGAAUGAACUUGUUUCGUUUGAUGUUGGUAUUGAGAAGAAUUUAGUUCAAACCGAUGAGGUAACAUGGAGUUUGAUUGAUGUUUUACAAAGAGAAUAUUACUCUCCAAAGACUGGAAAAGUUCUAAACCCUGCUACAGCUGAAGAAAUGACUUUGCAAAAGGCUGUUGAUAAGAAGUUUGUUGAACUUGAUUCAUGUCUUAUUAAAGACAGUGAUAAAGAUAUUCUUGUUUCUGCAACUCUUGCAGCUAAAGACGGUCUUCUUGAUACAGUGAAGGGUAAGAUUACCAAGCCUGAUAUGACUCUCGAUCAAGCCUUUGUCAAGGGUUACCUAAUCAGUACAGAAAAACCUUUAUCGUUGGUUGACAGCUUAUUAAGAGGUCUCUACGACCCACAAACCGGCCUCUUCCAUAUCGAAGAGAAGCCCUUAAAUCUUGAAGAAACCAUUGGUGCUAAAUUGAUCAACCCGAACGAAUUAGUUAUUCUAGAUCCAAAAACCAAUUCCAUUAUUUCCACAGCUGAUGCUAUUCAAAUAAAGCUAGUUGAUCCUAUAGCUGGAAUGAUUGUAGAUCCAUUCUCAGGAACUAAACAAACUUUGCUUGAAGCUCUCGACAAUCGAAUACUUAUUCCACAAAAACGUAAACGCAGUCUUCCUGAUGCUGUUUAUCGUGGACUAUACGAUCCGAAAUCCGGACAGUUUAGCAAUACAAUAACACGUGAAAAACUCUCUACUGAAGGUGCUAUUCGUAGGGGAAUACUUGACCCUGAAUCGACUGUUGUUAGUGUUGGUAGCAGUGUUGUACCAUUUGAGAAAGCUGUCGAAUCAGGUACUGUUGAUGGUAAGCGAGGUCAAGUUCUUGAUGCUCAGGGUAAUCUUGUUGAUUUUAAAGAAGCUUUCGAUCGAGGUAUUUUGUUAGAAGUGAAAAAGCCAUUGAGAUUGUUUGAAGCUGUAGUUAAGAAUGUUUAUGAUGAAUUAGAUGGAAAGUUUGUGGACCCUAAGACUGGAGAUAAGCUUUGUUUUGCUGAAGUAAUUGAGGAUAAAUUCAUUGAUAACGAAAGUGUAGAAAUACGAGAUUCCAAGACGGGUAUUUAUAAACCAUUAGAUUUGGUUCAGGCUACUAUGUCAGGUGUGAUUGAUGGUAAGACUGGUAGACUUACGUACAAUAGCCAGAAGAUAACUCUGAAACAUGCAUUUAGUGUGGGAAUAUUGACUGAUAGCCAGGCUCCCAUCAGUGUACAAAGAGCCAUUCAUCAGGGCUUAUUUGACGAUAGAACCGGUAAGCUUCUGGAACCAAAAACCGAGCGUAGAAUAACCUUGCUCGAAGCAAUGAGGAAAUUCAUAGUAAAUCCCCAAUUGCCUUGUUAUUUCGAUGAACAAAAUGAGCAAAUGCUAACCUUGUCUGAAACAUGCCGAGCUGGCCUUGUUGACAGACGUGAGGGAGUUUUCCGUGAGCCAGGUAGCAAUGUUUUCGUAUCUCUAGGUGAGGCCAUGAGCUUAGGUUUGUUGGUUGAUAUUGAAAGUGCAGGUUUCGGUUUGUACGAAACUCUUUCAAUGGGUUUCUAUAGUGUUCAGUCAAAACAAAUUAUUCAUCCAGUUACAGGUAGACAGUUGAGUCUUCGUGAAGCUUGCGUAGAAGAUAUUGUUAGUUUAUCAUCCAGUUUAGUUAAACAUCCUUCGUCAGGAAAGUACGUUCGUUUGAACAGUGCUAUUAGCGAACAAAUUAUUGAUGACCUAGAUGGUAGUUACAAUUUGCCCGAUAAGAAAAUUGACCUUCAAGAAGCUAGAGCUUUGGGUUUGAUAGUGACAAAUAGGAAACUUCUUAGCUUAGAGUUGGCAAUUCGUAUGAAAUUGUUUAAACAAGAAACAGGGCGUUUCACAGAUCCAAUUAGUGGAGAAUACUAUGAUUUGGUAGGAGCUAUUCAAAACGGUCUUAUUGAUCCAUCUACUACGGUCUUCAAAAAUCUAGUUACCGGUGUAGAUGUACCCUUAAAUAUUGCCAUCGAAAAUGGUGACAUAGACAUUACAAAAGGACGUGUUUUAGACCCAAAAUCAAAGACAUCUUAUAACUUUGAUGUAGCAUUUACACGAGGACUUUUACUUACCGUAAACAAACCAAUCACUGAAAGGGCUAUAGUUAAACGCCAUGAUAGCAUUGAAAUGUUGGGACAUUCUCCAGUAAGUGUGGUGAUAACAAAACCACGUGAAAUGACACUUGACGAAGCAAUACGGUAUGGCAUUAUCGAUUCUGAAACAGCAGUUAUUCGUGAUUAUCAGAUAUUUAAAUUUGUCCCGUUGAAACUUGCAAUCGAAAAUGGAACAGUUGAUGUGUUCAAAAAGACUUUAGUCGAUCCGAAGGCAUUAUUCUUUGUAUUCGAUCAAUCAUUAACUGUUUAUCAACGAGAACCAAUAUCAUUUGAUCAAGCUGUCAAUAAUAAAAGUCUUGAUUUAUCUACCGGAAUGCUGACCUAUACACCACCACCUACACAAAACGCCGAUGCAGAGUUGAGCUCUACAGAAGAAAUUGCUGUUUUGACAUUGAGAGAUGCUUCGAGCAAGGGAAUUAUUGAUCCUGAUUCGGCGCUUGUUAAAGAUAUACUUAAAGGCAAGUUAGUCCGAUUGCCAGAAGCUUUCCGUAAAGGUCUUAUGGAUGCAAACAAAGCUAGUGUUCUAGAUACAAAGACCUCGAAAUUGUGUCCUCUGCAACAGGCCUAUGACAAUGGCCUUAUUGUUACACCUAAACGUGCAUUUGGACUUAUCGAAGCUAUCAACUUUAAUCUAUACAACCCAGUUACUGGAUGUAUUGUUGAUCCUUUCCAAUCAAAUCCUGACAUAAUAAAUAGAAAGAAACAAACAAUAGCUGAAGCUAUCACAGUUGGAUUGAUUGAUCCUACAUCGACAGUUGUACGUGAUCCAAGUACAAGUGAAAUUGUUCCACUCAUCGCUAGUAUAAGUAGCGGCCUCAUUGAUCCCGUUGCUGGUCGUCUUAUCGAUCGAAAUGACCCUAAAAUAACCUACGAUCUUGUUAAGGCCAAUGAAAAAGGCUAUCUUCUGCCAGCCGAACAAAGGCAAGCUGUAUUUGAGAAAUUCAAUUUGUGCGAAGAGAAUGUCAAUGAGCUUCUUAAGUGGGUUGCCUCUGUGGAAGGAAAAAUUGCCAAUGUCGGAGGACCUAAGGAAAAAAUCGAUGAACUACGUAAUCAAAUCAAUUCACUCAAGCAAAUCAAAGACGAAAUUGAAAGUCAAUCAAGACCAGUAUCAUCAUGCCUUGAGCAAAUUCGCCAAAUUGUACUCACCGGUGGUGAUGUACUUUCAGCACCAGAAGUUACAACUCUAGAAAAUUCUGGUCGAGAACUUAGAUCACGUGUUGAUCGUGCCAGUGAUCGUACUCAACGUCUAUUAAAACGUUUGGAAUCUGGCCGUGACGAGUUGCACAAACUCCGAUCUGAACUAGAUGUCUUUUCAAGUUGGUUACAAACAGCCAGAAGGACACUGGAAGACAAAGAAAGAUCCUUGUCUGAUUUGGCACGACUCUCAAGUCAAUCAGACUCUAUUCGAGAAUUUGUUAGCGAUGUAAUUGGCCAUCAAGCCGAUUUGAGAUUCAUCACCAUGGCAGCUCAGAAAUUCGUCGAUGAAAGCAAGGAGUUUUUGGUUGUAUUGAAUGAUUUCCGUACAACAUUGCCAGAAAGAUUGCCACAUGUAAUUCCACUAUCAACUGCAGAGAGCCCAAUUCGUGAGGAAGUAUCAUAUGUUUCGGCUCAAUAUAAGGAUCUUAUGCAUCGUGUUAAUGCCUUGUCAGAUCGUCUAUCCGGUUUGGGUGGACGACAACGCGAAUACCAAGAUGCUUUGGAGAAGGUUAAUGAUUGGUUGCGUAGUGUUCAACCACGUGCAUCGCAAAUUCUCAACGACCCAGUUGGUGCUGAUCCACAAACCGUUCAAGAGCAGAUGAACGAGGCAAAGGCCUUGCACAAUGAAUUCAUGUCACAAGGAAGAUUGGUAGAGAAUGCUCAACAAUCAUUGUCAGCUUUGUUGCGCUCACUUGGAGGCCAAUUGAGUCCAACAGAAGUGAAUGCUUUAGAGAUGCCAGUUGAAGAAGUUGUCGACAAAUAUAACCAACUUCUACAAGCUCUAGGUGAUCAUUGCAAACUUCUUGACACUGCUUUAGUCCAAUCACAAGGUGUUCAAGAUGCUUUAGAUAGCCUAGUUGGAUGGGUCAAUCAAGCCGAAGACAAAUUCAAAUUACAAUUCCGUCCAGCAUCUCUGAUCAAAGAACGUCUGCAAGAACAAGUUCGUGAACACAGAUCGCUCCUAUCCGAUCUUCAAUCACAUCAAACUAGCAUUGAUAGUGUAGCUUCUUCUGCACAUCAUUUAAUGAAUACUGCAUCGAAUGCACGAAUUGCCAAGAAGGUUGAAAUCAAACUUAACGAUGUAACGGUUAAAUUUGAGAAAUUACUUGAUAAGGUCGUUAAACGUGGAGAAUUCCUUGAUGAUACUUUCCAACAACUCAACAAAUUCAGUGAAGAAACCACAAAUGUCGAACAAGAGGUGGUCACACUGCAGGAGUCUCUUGAUAGUAGGGAAUUGAGCCAGCUUGGUACUGAAGAUUUAGCUCGCAGAAUGAUUGAACUAUCACGUAGAAAGGAUAAGAUAGCUCCUCUAUUUGAAAACUGUGUCAGUGAUGGCAAAGAAUUGGUUAGUCUUCGUGACGUAACUGACACUGGAGUUGUAAGAGAUCGUGUCAAGGCACUUGAAUCACAAUGGCGAAACUUAGACAUUACUUUGGAAGAAAAAGCCAAGCUUUCUAAGCAAAAAGCUGAACAACAAAUUGCUUAUGAAAGCCUUAAGGAUCAAGUACUUUCGUGGUUGGCAAGCAUUGAAGCCAGAACAAACUCAUUGGCUCCAGUUGCUGUUGAUUUGGAUAUCAUCCGUCAGCAAGCUGAAGAACUCAAACCCAUUGUCAAGGACUACAAAGACUAUGCAUCAACUAUUGAUAAAGUCAACGAUUUGGGUGCCCAAUACGAUGCACUAAUUCGUCCAGAAAGCCCAGGACGUAAACGUUCCGCUUACAGCCCCAUUAAACGCGUAAGUCCACUUCGACGAAUGUCUGGAGAUGCCAGGAGUCCAAGUCCAACUAAGGGAGGUGUUCUGUCGCCACUAUCACCUGGAUCCAGUGGAUUUGGUAGCCGCAGAUCUUCUCAGGAUGGAUUCCAGCUUUCCGAAUUGUCACCGAUUCAACAACAAUUGAGUGAAAUCAAUAACCGUUACAGUCUUAUUGGGGUUCGUUUGAAUGAUCGUCAAAAUGAACUGGACAGUUUAACUGAUGAAAUUAGAAAACACAAUGAUAGUCUAAAGAAUCUAUCAUCAUUCUUGGAUAGAAUUCAAAGGCAAGUGCCCAAGGAUUCAAUUGCCAACAAAGAAGAAGCUGAAAGAAGUACUAAACAAGCCAGGAAGAUUCUCGAGGAUAUGUAUGAAAAACAGAGUUUAUUGGAUUCAACUAAGGCUCAAAUUAAAGAUCUAUUACGUCGCAAACCUGAUGUUCCUGGUGCUGAGCAAUUGCGUCAAGAACACGAUAAUAUUGUUGAAAAGUGGAGGAAUAUCAAUGACCUUUGCAAGAGUCGCAUUAACUUCUCCGAACAAUUGCGUGAUUUCUUAGACACACACGAUAACUUGAAGAAUUGGCUCAACAGCAAGGAACGUAUGUUAACAGUUCUGGGACCAAUUUCAUCCGAUCCCAGAAUGGUUCAAAGCCAAGUACAACAAGUUCAGGUGCUUCGUGAAGAAUUCCGUUCUCAACAACCACAACUAAGCCAUUUGCAAGAAAUCGGACAUGAAGUCCUCGAUCACCUUAAAGAAUCAUCACCUGAAGGACAAGCCGUUGCAAAGAAACUCCAUGAAGUUCAAAGCAAAUGGGAUGAUCUGGUUGGACGUUUAGAUGAACGUGCAAAUAGCUUGGGUGGUGCAGCAGACAGUAGCAAGGAGUUUGAUGCAGCAAUUGGUCGUUUGCGUGACGCCUUGGUAAACAUCAGUGAUAAUUUAGAUGCUCUACCAGUCGAUGGAGAUUCACAAGAGAAUCUACGUAAAAUCGAAAACCUCGAAAGACAGCUUGAAGGUCAAAGACCACUCUUGGCCGAUGCUGAACAAUCAGCUGCAGCUUUGUGCAAUAUCUUGGGAGAUCCAGCUUCACGAGCUGAUGUCAACGGCCGAGUGGCUGCUUUGGAAAAACAAUAUCAAGCUUUGCAAAAGAAAUUGGACACCAAGAAGGCUGAAACCGAAUCGUCACUUAGAGACGGCCGUCAAUUUGCCGAAAGUUGUUCGAAGACACUCGGAUGGUUGUCAGGGGAAUUGGCCAAUCUUACAGAUCGUCUUUUGGUCUCAGCUCACAAGCCAACAUUACAACAUCAAAUCGAUACUCACGAACCAAUUUACCGUGAGGUAAUGGCUCGUGAACAUGAAGUUAUUAUGCUGAUCAAUAAGGGUAAGGAUUUGAACAGCCGCCCUGGAGCAACCCAAGACCGUGGUGUUCAACGUGAUUUGGAACGUAUUCAACAACAAUGGGAUAAGUUGCGUCGUGAUGCUGUUGAUCGUCACACUCGCCUGCAGACUUGUAUGGAACACUGCAAGAAGUAUUCACAGAGCUCAGAAACCUUUUUAUCUUGGUUACGUGGCGCUGAAGACAAACUCGCCGAUCUGAGACCUGGAGUUCUUAAUAAGGCUCAAUUGGAGCUUAGACUUCGUGACUUACAAGCAUUCCGAAGUGAAGUAUGGAAGAAAACUGGAGAAUACGAAAACACCAAAGGCUUGGGUGAUACAUUCCUUGCCAAUUGUGAUGUCGAUAAAGAUCCAAUCAAGGCAGAGCUGCAAGACAUGAAAGAACGAUGGGAGAAACUCAACAACGAUUUGCUUUCACGAGCUCAAGAAAUCGAGACAUGCUCUCGUCGUCUGGGAGAUUUCAAUGAUGAACUAAGAAAUCUCGAUCACUCUGUGGGUCGCUGUGAAGACCGUUUAGCUGCCCAUGAUGCUUUGGGAGGUGCCGCCAAAGAUGCCAAGCUUCUUGAUCGUGUCAAGGCCAUCAAAGAAGAAGUUACUUACCUCAAAAAACCAUUGCAAUCACUACGUGCUAUGGCUAAGGACAUUUCAUCCGAAGCCCGAGCCGCUGGUGGUGAUGCUGAUCACUUAACCGACGAAGUUGACGGUGUUGAUGAUAGAAUCUCAGAGCUUUUGUCACGUUUGAAUGAUCGUUGUGGAGAGCUACAAUCGGCAGCUACAGCUGUAUCCCAAUUCAAUGAACAAGUUAAAAAUUUGGGCGUCGAUUUGACUGAGCUAGAGAAUGUGGUUGAGAAUCUCUCACCACCAGCACGCGAAAUCAAGGUUGUGCAAGCACAAAUCGAUGAAGUAGCUAGCAUCCAAGACAAAUUGGAUCGAAUGGCCGAUCAGUUGGGAGCAGUUGAACGUUCAAGUGAGGUCUUAGUUGAUUCUGGAUUUUCUCCAGACACUGUCCAGACAAGAGAACAAGUUGCUUCUUUGAAGAAGACUUUAGGUCGCUUGGAGAAUCGUACCCGAGAUCACGAAGAUGCCUUGCAAGUUGCACUUAAAGAUCUUACCAAAUUCUAUGACCUUCAAUCGGGUGUUUUGGAAGACAUCAAGGAUAUCAGCGACGAACUUAAGAGAAUGAAGCCAGUCAGCUCCGAACUUGAACAAAUCAGAGUUCAACAAGAAGAUUUUAGACGUUUCCGUGAUCGAAAUGUCGAGCCAUUAAGUCACAAUGUUGACGAAGUCAAUCAAUGUGGCCGAGAUUUGGUUCGAUCUGCUUUAAGUGGUGUUUCUACAAAUGCCAUUGAGAAAGAUUUGGAAAAAUUGAAUGAUCGUUGGAAUGAUUUGAAGGAACGUUUGAAUGAACGUGAUCGACGUUUGGAUGUGGCUCUGUUGCAAUCUGGAAAAUUCCAAGAAGCUUUGGAUGGACUUUCCAAAUGGCUGGGUGAUACAGAAGAAAUGGUUGCCAAUCAAAAACCACCAAGUGCUGAUUAUAAGGUUGUGAAAGCACAACUGCAAGAACAAAAGUUCCUCAAGAAAAUGCUUUUGGAUCGUCAAAAUUCCAUGUCGUCCUUAUUCAAUUUGGGACAAGAAGUUGCUGGCAAUUGUGAUUCAUCGGAAAAGGCUGGAAUCGAACGACAAUUGAAGGAACUUAUGAAUCGUUUCGAUGCAUUAACCGAUUCUGCUCAACAACGUGAAGAAGACCUCGAACAAGCAAUGGAAGUUGCCAAACAUUUCCAUGACAAAUUUACUCCACUUAAUCAAUGGUUAGAUAAUUCAGAACGAGCUAUUAAGAACAUGGAAUUAAUUCCUACAGAUGAAGAAAAAAUUCAACAAAGAAUCCGUGAGCAUGCUAAUUUGCAUGAUGAGAUCAUAACAAAGAAGCCAGACUUUUCCGAAUUGGCUGAUGUUGCUGGUCAACUUAUGCACUUGGUCAGUGAUGAAGAAGCUGUUGGAUUGGGUGAGAAAGUUCGCGUUAUCACCGAAAGGUAUACAACUUUGGUUGAUGCUAGUGAUAAUGUUGGACAGCUUUUGGCUGAAUCAAGACAAGGUUUGAGACAUCUUGUGUUAACCUAUCAAGAUCUGGUUGCAUGGAUGGAAAAUAUGGAGAAACAACUUCAGCGAUUCAGGGUGGUGCCUGUUCAUACAGAAAAACUUCUUGAACAAAUGGAUCAUUUGUUGGAAUUGAAUGAGAGCAUUGCAAAUCAUGCUCCAAAUGUUGAAUCGACUGUUGAUGCUGGUUCCGAACUCAUGAAACACAUUUCCAACGAUGAAGCAUUGCAACUUAAGGACAAACUAGAUUCACUUCAACGUCGUUACGGUGAACUAACUAACAAGGGUGGAGAUCAUCUUAAGAAUGCCCAAAAUGCCUUGCCACUUGUGCAGCAAUUCCAUGACUCACACAACCGUCUUAUUGACUGGAUGCAAGGUGCUGAAAGUGCACUAUCAACAAGUGAACCUCGCCAAAAUGAUAUCUUGAGGCUGGAGGCUGAGUUAGCUGAUAUGCGUCCUGUUUUGGAUACAGUCAAUCUUGUUGGGCCACAAUUGUGUCAAAUUUCUCCUGGAGAAGGCGCUGCCACUAUUGAAAGCUUAGUGACAAGAGACAACCGUCGAUUUGACUCGAUUGUUGAACAAAUCCAACGAAAGGCCGAACGUCUUCAUCUUAGCAACCAGCGUGCUAAGGAAGUCACCGGAGAUAUUGAUGAACUACUUGAAUGGUUCAGAGAUAUGGAUGCCAGUUUACGAGAAGCUGAACUACCUGGAAUGGAACCAAAACUUGUUCGCACACAACUUCAAGAGCACAGAUCAAUUAACGAUGAUAUUUCCAGUCAAAAGGGUCGCGUUCGUGAUGUAACAGCUGGAGCAAAGAAAGUUCUCCGAGAAUCGCCACAAAACGAAAACACUUCAGCAUUGCGUGAGAAGUUGGAAGAUCUCAAAGAAGUUGUUGAUACUGUUGUACAAUUGUGCGGAGAACGUUUGAGUGUCUUGGAACAAGCUCUACCUCUAUCCGAGCACUUUGCUGACUCUCACAAUGGCUUGGUAGUGUGGCUAGAUGACAUGGAACAACAGAUUUCAAUGUUGAGUAUGCCUGCUCUGAGACCAGAUCAAAUCACAGCUCAACAAGACAAGAACGAACGUCUUGUUCAAUCUAUUGCCGAACAUAAACCACUUUUGGAUAAACUAAACAAGACUGGUGAAGCUCUGGGAGCAAUUGUUUCCGAAGAUGAUGGCUCGAAAAUUAAUGAAAUCUUGGAUUCAGACAAUUCUCGUUAUGCUGCACUUCGAACUGAGCUGCGUGAACGUCAACAGGCUCUGGAGAAUGCCCUUCAAGAAUCAAGUCAGUUCUCUGACAAGCUUGAGGGUAUGCUCCGUGCAUUGGCCAACACAGUCGAGCAAGUUAAUCAUCUUGAUGCUGUUUCAGCUUUGCCAGUUAAGAUUCGAGAGCAAAUUGAUGAUAAUUCAGCAAUAGCUGAUGAUUUGGACAAACGUACCGAAGCAUUUGCCGCCGUCCAACGGGCAGCAAAUGAUGUCAUUGCAAAAGCUGGUAACAAAUCUGACCCUGCGGUGCGUGAUAUCAAGAAAAAGCUGGAGAAACUCAAUAGCUUGUGGAAUGAUGUUCAACAAGCUACCAAGAAACGUGGCAAUUCUCUUGAAGAUGUGCUUAAAGUUGCUGAAAAAUUCUGGAAGCAGUUGAAUGCAAUCAUGAAAACGCUGAAGGAUUUGGAAGAAACUCUUUCUUCUCAAGAACCUGCAGCUGCUCAGCCACAAGAUAUUAAGAAACAACAAGUUGCACUUCAAGAAAUUCGUCAUGAAAUUGACCAGACUAAGCCAGAAGUCGAAGAAGUUCGUCGAACUGGUAAUAAUUUGAUGUCAUUAUGUGGUGAGCCAGACAAACCUGAGGUCAAGAAACACAUUGAGGACCUUGACAAUGCUUGGGAUAACAUUACUGCCCUAUAUGCCAGACGUGAAGAAAAUCUUAUCGAUGCCAUGGAGAAAGCAAUGGAAUUCCAUGAGACUCUUCAAAAUCUAUUGAAAUUCUUAACUAAAGCCGAAGAACGUUUUGGUGGCUUGGGACCUGUGGGUUCUGAUAUUGAUGCCGUUAAGAAACAAAUUGAACAAUUGAAGCGUUUCAAGGACGAAGUAGAUCCGCAUAUGGUCGAAGUAGAAGCACUAAAUAGAUCUCUGGAAAGACAAGCAUCCGAAUUGACAGAAAGAACAUCUCCAGAACAAGCAGCAUCGAUCAAAGAGCCAUUGGCAACAGUCAAUCGCCGAUGGGAAAAUCUAUUGCGUGGCAUGGUUGAGCGCCAGAAGCAAUUAGAACAUGCACUUCUUCAUCUUGGACAAUUCCAACAUGCACUGAAUGAAUUGCUUGUAUGGAUUGAUAAAACCGACAAAACUUUGGAUCAACUCAAACCGAUCCCUGGUGAUCCACAAUUACUUGAAGUUGAACUUGCUAAGCUAAAGGUUCUUGCCAAUGAUAUUCAAGCUCAUCAAAGUUCUGUAGAUACCUUAAUUGAUGCCGGACGACGGCUCAUUGAAUCCGAAAAGGGUUCUGUUGAAGCUUCUGCGACACAAGAGAAACUGCGCAAGCUUAACGAUGAAUGGCGUUCAUUGAUUCAAAAAUCUUCAGAUCGCCAGCAUGAGCUUGAGGAAGCUUUACGUGAAGCUCAAGGCUACAUUGCCGAAGUUCAAGACAUCUUAGGAUGGUUGGGUGAUGUAGAUGGUGUCAUUGGAAUGAGUAAACCAGUUGGUGGACUCCCAGAAACCGCUACCGAACAACUUGAAAGGUUUAUGGAAAUCUACAAUGAAUUGGAAGAAAAUCGUGCCAAGGUCGAAACGAUACAAGCUCAAGGCCAAGAUUAUAUCAAGCGUCAGAAUCAAAUGAAAGUACCUUCGAGCAAUCUUCAACACACAUUACGAACACUCAAACAACGCUGGGAUGCAGUACUAUCGCGAGCUUCUGAUAAGAAAAUCAAACUCGAAAUCGCUCUCAAAGAAGCUACUGAGUUCCAUGAUACACUGCAGGCAUUUGUCGAAUGGCUAACUCAAGCUGAGAAACAACUGAGUACUUCGACAGCUGUAUCAAGAGUUCUGGAAACCAUUCAAGCCCAAAUUGAAGAGCACAAAAUACUCCAGAAAGACGUCAGUACUCAUCGUGAAGCUAUGCUUCUGCUAGACAAAAAGGGAACACACCUCAAGUACUUUAGUCAAAAACAAGACGUCAUUUUAAUCAAGAAUCUCCUAGUUUCUGUUCAACAUCGGUGGGAGCGCGUUGUUAGCAAAGCAGCUGAACGCACUCGUGCCCUUGAUCACGGCUAUAAGGAGGCUCGUGAAUUCAAUGACGCCUGGGCUGGUAUGCUUCAAUGGCUACAAGAAGUCGAAGAAAUACUCGAUCGACUUACCGAAGAAGCAGCUGCAUCCAAGGAUCCUCAAAAAAUAAAGAAACACAUUCUAAAAUUGAAAGAAACACAUCGUCAAUUGAAUGGCAAACAACAACAGUAUGAUGGAACAAUGCGUGCUGGAAAGAAUCUCAUGGAUAGAGCACCAAAAUCAGAUGAACCAGUUUUGAAUAAGAUGCUUAUUGAACUUAAAGAGACAUGGACUCGAGUUUGGUCAAAGAGUGUCGAUCGUCAGAGGAAAUUGGAAGAAGCCCUCUUGCUGUCUGGACAGUUCUCUGAAGCUUUGCAAGAACUUUUGGACUGGUUGAAGAAGACAAAAUCUCGCCUAUCCGACAAUGGACCUGUUCAUGGAGACUUUGAGACUGUUAGUGGAUUGUGUGAUCAUCACAAACAUCUUGAGCAAGAUCUUCUCAAGAGACAAGCUCAAAUGCAAGGUGUUAUGAAGUCCGGACGUGAUUUGGAAAAAUCACCUAGCAAUGCCGAUAUUGCCAAAUCUCUUGAUGAAUUACAAUCUCUUUGGGAUGAUGUUAAAGAAUCAACAUCCAAACGUGGUGAUCGAUUGAGACAAGCAUUGAAAGAUGCCGAACGUCUUAAUACUGGUGUGCAAGCACUCUUCGAUUGGUUGGAUCAUGCUGAGAACAAACUUCGUUAUGCCAAAAAUCCACCCGAUGAUGAGAAGAUUGCAAGAGAUUUGCUCGAAAUUCACACAGACUUCAUGAAAGACUUGCGAAAACGUGUUGUUCAGAAGGAAGAGACAUUCACACUUGCCCAAGAGAUUAUUGACAAAGCCUAUCCAGAUGCCAUUCCAAUCAUUAAGAAUUGGUUGCAAAUUAUUCAAACCCGCUGGGAUGAAAUCUCCCAAUGGGCGGUUAAUCGCGAAGCAAAACUUGAACAACAUUUGCAAUCGCUCAAGGAUCUGGAUGAGAAUAUUGAAGAUCUCUUGGCAUGGUUGAAUGGUCUCGAGUCUACAUUGCUUAAUCUGGAACGAGAACCAUUACCAGAAGAAAUUCCACCAUUGGAAAAACUCAUCGAAGAUCACAAAGAAUUCAUGGAAAAUACUGCACGUCGUCAGCUUGAGGUGGACAGAGCAUGCAAACCUAAACAACUGCCUCCUGGAAGCCGAGACGUUCGCAAAAUGUCACGCAAUGCAAAGACACCAGUUCGAGGAUCAACGCACGAUCUACGCGAACAAUCUCCAGAUGCCGGCGCAAUGAGACGGCAAAGCUUCAAGGGCUCUCGUGAUCAAGGCUUAAACAUGCGCAAGCAAAGUCGUGUGACACCAAGUCGUGAGACACCCGAUAGAGAUCGCUUGCCUCACUACGGUCCAAGAUUUUCACCAAGUCAUGUGCCUGAAGCAGAAUUCCGUUCGCCAAGAGCAAAACUUCUAUGGGACAAGUGGCGUCACGUGUGGUUGUUGGCGUGGGAACGUCAACGUCGUCUACACGAACAUCUCGUUUAUCUACAAGAUGUUGAACGAGUUCGCCGCUUCAGCUGGGAUGAUUGGAGGAAGAGGUUCCUUAAGUACAUGAACCACAAGAAAUCAAGGUUAACAGAUCUCUUCAGAAAAAUGGACAAGGACAACAAUGGUUUGAUACCACGUGAGGUGUUUAUUGAUGGAAUUCUUAGCACCAAAUUUGACACAUCUCGAAUGGAAAUGGGUGCUGUAGCAGAUUUAUUCGAUCGCAAUGGAGAAGGACUCAUCGAUUGGCAGGAAUUUAUUGCGGCACUUCGACCAGACUGGCAAGAGCGUAAACCAGCAAAUGACUCUGAUAAGAUUCAUGACGAAGUUAAACGAUUGGUUAUGCUUUGCACGUGUCGACAAAAAUUCCGUGUUUUCCAAGUCGGCGAAGGCAAGUACAGGUUUGGCGAUUCGCAGAAACUACGACUCGUCCGCAUCCUUCGUAGCACUGUGAUGGUGCGCGUUGGAGGUGGUUGGGUAGCAUUGGAUGAGUUCUUACAAAAGAAUGAUCCUUGUCGAGUGGCGUUAGUUUUACCAAUUCCAAAUCCAAAUGAUCCUAAACAACAUGAAGCGUGUUGUGUUUUACAUAAAUUUACUUACGAUCAAAUUAUGGCCAUUCAACAACAAAAUGCUAAGGGACGCACUAACAUUGAGCUGCGAGAACAAUUUAUUUUGGCCGAUGGAGUAUCACAAAGUAUGGCGGCAUUUACACCGCGCCGAUCAACGCCAACUUCUACCACCCCGAAUGGAUCUGGUACACCCGCAUACAUGAGCGGCCAAGGUCCCAUCAUGAAGGUACGAGAACGAUCUAUACGUUCAAUACCAAUGUCAAGACCUUCACGAUCAUCACUGUCAGCCUCAACUCCCGACUCACUUAGUGACAAUGAGGGCGGUCUGACAGGACCAUCUGGAAGAUAUACACCACAAAGAAAAGUAUCUUAUGCACCUCGAACGGGUAUGACACCGGGCGGAUCAAGAGCUGGAUCGAAGCCUAAUUCUAGACCUGCAAGUCGGCAGGGAUCGAAACCACCAUCAAGGCAUGGAUCAACUCUAUCAUUAGAUAGCACAGACGAAGCAACCCCAUCACGCAUUCCACAACGCAGACAGCCCGUAGCUUCAUCUACACCUACUUCAACCGCACAACGUCCAUCAAGAUUAUCAGUUACGCCAGCAACAUCGAGAACGAAUGGUACAUCCACUUUAACUCGUAAAACUGCAUCUGGUUCAGCAAGUCCCGCUCCUACAAGCAAUGGUGGAAUGAGUAGAUCCUCUAGCAUACCAACAUUAACCGGCUUUGGCUUCCGAUAUAGCCGCCCCUCAAGGAUUCCAAUAAGGCAGGUAUCGACAGACAAGUCAUUUCCCUCGCCAUCCAGUAAUUCUAGUUCGACAACAAACAGUUAUAAUUUAAGCAGUUUGGGGAGAAAUCUCAGUGGCAGUUCAACGCCAUCGGGAAUGCAGACCCCAAGAAAAGGAUCAACAGAUCCAGCAUCUGCAAGUGCAAGAGCAGCUGCCGAAGCAAGAAAAUCACGUGGUACAACCCCAAUAAAUCAGCGAGAACCAUUUAGACUUUGAAUGUAGUUAACAAAUUAAUCAACUACUUAAAAAAAAAAAAUAAAAAACAAAAAAAAAGCUCAAAUAACUCAAUGCAAAAAAAAAUAUUGCAUAUUUAAGUUUUCAAAAUUACAAUUCACCGUUCGCCGACUUAAUUUAUACUCUCAGUAUCUUAUUCAAAUUGGUUUUGAUUUGAAUUUAAGUACCGCUACAUUAAUUUUUGUUUACAAAAACACAUUUAUAACAAAAACAAAAAAUACAUCUGGAAAAAUUCCAAGCUUACGCUAAUUUAUCUAAAUAAUUAACUAACGAAACUACAUAAGAUUGAAAAUACACAAAAAAAAAACAAAAAAAAAACUAAGAAAAGACAAAGCAAAAAAACAUUCAUGAAUUAAAAAAAACAAAAAAAAAUAUGCCUCUGUUGUAUAUAAUAAUUAGAUAAUUCCAUUGCAUAAAAAAAAAAUACUUUAAAACUUAUUAAGGUUAAACAUUGUAAUCGUUUUUUAUACAUUUUCUUACAUAUAAUUAUUGUAUAUGUAAUAUUUAAAGUAGAGAGAAAAAAAAGAAAGAAAGAGAGUCGCACAUUGUAUUUCCCUUGCAUGAAUGAAAUCGCCAGUUUGUUUGUGCGAUGGAAAUAAAUGUGUUGUCCGCCGAAAUAUUCGAAAGAAAAUUAUAAACAAAACAAAAAACAAAAAAAAAAAAUGAAUAACAAAUUUACUAAUCA